GCUUACCACGGAAUCAGUCCGAAAGAGUGCAUGUUCUCGGAUCGCGAAGAUAUGUCAUCGCCAGAUGCCAAACAUUUAACGUUCGUUCAGAGCAGUUGCCCUGUCGAUGAGAUUAGCGAGAUAAUCGACCCGCUGGCUAAUGUCAACGAGGAAGUUUACUUUUCCAAAUUCAAAACGUUCCGGUUUGGAAAUCAAUCGACCGUCUUCGCACACUGUACCGUUCAAGUGUGCUUGAACAGUGCUGAAUGUGAACAAAAUUGUUUCAAACGCAUUUCAAAUUCCAAUUUAACGGCCGAGAAACUGCGUUUCCGAUACAAACGUGACACCACGGAUCUGGGCAAUUACGAUAAGGCGGAUCUGAUCAGCCAAGUGGAAUUAACACGACCGUUGACAAUUCUCGAUGAAACCGAGACCAAUCAAGUUGAGGGUCGCGCAGUGGAGCAGUGCUUAAUUCAGCCAGCUUCAAUGCCAUUACCGAUCUUCUUCGUCAUACUCGUUCUCGUGACGAUGCUUCUGCUUUCGUUGUCAGUUAUUUACGCUCUCAAGAGGAAACUUUCUAUCAACAAGAAGGUUGAAAUGUAUCCAUAUGGAUUGCACAGUGCAUAUUCGACCUCUACAUCCACAAUACCUUCGCGCGUUCUAGCCGGUGGUACAUACGCACUUCCGAACGCAGUGCAUCGACCGAAUUGGGUGAAUGCAAUGACAUCAGGCUACGAUUAUCCAUGA